CACAUUUUGAACGGGAGAGAUCAGUGGGUAGAGCCAAAGAAACGCUCGCGCUCGGGAUCGAUCGGAAAAGGGGAAAUUCCCCAGGUAUACCACGCAUGCGCAUUUGUUGAAGGCCGUGCACCUCCUGCGACGUCGGUCUGUGCCGAAAUAUAAAGUCCGUGAAUUGAUCAAUUUAAAUUGUUUUUGCUCUAGUUAGAACUCUUUAUCCCGAAAGAAACAUGAGUGGCCAACCAGUAAAGAUAAAGACUGUCUCUAUCCUAGAGGAGUACACAAUAGAUUGGACUCAAAAACUUGGUACAGGGAUCAACGGACCAGUCAGGCCAUGCCAACAUAAGAUAAGCGAGGAAAGGUUCGCUCUCAAGCUUCUCACCGAUAAACCAAGUGCAAGGGCAGAGGUCAACCUUCAUUCUCGUUGCAGUGGUCAUCCUAACAUUGUGAAGAUUGUCGAGGUCUAUUCUAACGAGGUCCAGUUCCCGGGAGAACCUGCCCCAAGAAGUCGCCUUCUGGUCGUGAUGGAGCUGAUGGAUGGUGGGGAGUUGUUUGAUCGGAUCAGCAAGCAGAAAAGAUUUACUGAAAGGCAGGCAGUCAUUCUGACCAAACAGAUUGCAUCGGCUGUAUUAAGAUGUCACAAUUUAAACAUUGCUCAUAGAGACUUGAAACCAGAGAACCUUCUUCUUAAAGACAACUCUGAGGAUUCACCGGUCAAGCUUUCAGACUUUGGAUUUGCAAAGGUUGAUGACGGAACAUUGAUGACACCUCACUUUACUCCAUAUUAUGUGGCACCUCAGGUCCUUGAAGCACAAAAAAGACAGAGACGAGAACAGAAAAACCUAAUCCAAACCUCGCCAAGACCAUAUACAUAUGAUAAGGGAUGUGAUAUGUGGUCUCUUGGAGUGAUAAUCUACAUCAUGCUGUGUGGCUAUCCACCUUUCUAUCCAGACACACCCAGCAGACAACUCUCAAAGGACAUGAGACACAAGAUCAUGGCUGGCCAAUAUGAAUUCCCUACAGAAGAAUGGUCACUUAUAUCAGAUGAGGCUAAAGAUGUUGUCAAAAGGUUACUGAAGGUUGAUCCAUCAGAGAGACUUAACAUUGAAGAACUCUGCUCACAUCCCUGGCUGAAAGAGAAUUCAGCACCAAACACGGAGUUGCAUUCUCCUGCAAUAAUGCUAGAUAGGAAUAUGCUUGACAAUGCUAAACAGGCCCACAGUGAACAGCUAACUGCCAUGAGAAUACCUGAAAAGAAAGUCACGUUGAAACCUGUUGCUAAGGCUAACAAUCCUAUCGUCAGGAAAAGAAUUCACAGCAGAGGUCAUUCCAUAGACAACAAAACAGGAGAAGAACAGCCUUCUAAGAAACAGAACCGAGAGAUUUCAGAGGGUCUCAGAUGUCUUAGAAAUGUUAUUGCACAUUGUGUAGUACCACCUAAAGAUACCAAUGGGGAGGAUGCACUAUGUGAGCUAAUGAAGAGAGCUUGUGAAUAUAACACAGAUUGUCCCUCCCUUGAUAAAGCACUACACAGCCUAUCAUGGAAUGGAGAACAAUUUUGCCAUGAAGUUGACCACUCCGAACUAGCACUUCUUCUUAAGGACAUUGUAGACCAAAAGGAAAGGCAUGGGAAACACUGAAUCCUUCUUCUUUAAAUUCCUUUUGAUCUUUGAUGUAGACAGACCAACAAAAAAAAAGACAGUAAACAAUCUACAUGGCUUUUCAUCAAGACAAGAUCUUCAAGUUAUUUCAACAGGAAAGUUCACCCUAAUAUCAAGUUGGUUUUAAGAAAAUGAGAAUAUAUAAGAUACAAAUUAGUGAGAGUAAUGAAGUAUCUUUUUAGAAUUUUGAAAUUAAUUUGCUAUAUUUCAAAAUUAUAAUGGAAAGGAACAUGAAAGAAAACUCAUAUGGCAUAUCUUGCAAUAGGGAAUCGCUGAAAGAGUUUAGAUAGAGAGAUCAUGUAAUUUUAUGCAAUUUCCCCUUUUUCAUUUAACCUGUUGCAUACUGGAACCAGGUGAUCUCAGUACAAAGCUUGUAGGUAUUACAGAAAUAAGUAGUUGAUAGGUUAAAAGAAUAAAUCAAGGUCAACUUUUGGUCAUCUUGUCCACCUUCAGCUAAGUACUCUUGCACUGUUCCUGUCUUGGAAGUGUUAUACUCUUUCUUUUACUCUGAAAUUGAAUGUAUUUUAUUUGUAUGCUUCCACGUACCAUAGGUGGUCCCAAAGGUAUUAUGUUUUCAGUUCAUCCGUCCGUCCGUUCUAGCGAUAACUGAAAGAAUAUCUUAUGGAUCAACUUCAAACUUUAAUAGUCCAGGUAUACAUACAGGAGUGACAAUGAUCUGAUUAUUUUGGGGGGUUAUUAAUGCAAGAAAAUAUUGAACAUUAAACUUGGCUAAUGUAUGCGACUGGGAGCGGUAAUGAUCGGAAUAGAUUUUGGGAAUAGUGAGGUUGCAGAGGUCAUUAUAUACAUGUACAUUGUAAUGCCUUGUUUUUGCGAUACCUGAAGGACAAAGAUCCAUUCGAUUUUGGGUCAUGAAGUCAAAGGUCAAUUGUGAAAAUAUCUCUUUCUCACAAUAAUUGAAGAAUCUUCUUUGAGGGAUAUCUUCAGUCUUGCUUUACGUAUGCAUGUAUGAAUCAUGAUAAUCUGCGUUGAUUUGGGGAUUGCAAGGUCACAGGAAAAAGGUCGAAGAAUUUGUUAAUUUAAAAUUCUAGCAGCUCGGUGUAUAGUAUAGGGGUCAGGCCGAUGAUGGACAAGUGUAAAGAUCACUCAUAACUUGAUUAGAUUUAUUGUGCAUCUAUGAAUCAGAAAAAGAUCAUUUUUAUAUAUUUAAUGGACCAAUUUGUUAGUGAGAAUAUUUUAAAUAUAUAGUACAUUUUUGAGAUGCUAAGCUGUUUCUUUACUUAAUAUAUUACUUGUUUCCUUACUUAUUAUCAGGGUAGGCUACCCCAGGGUGGUAUUUCAUAAAGCUGUUCAUAAGUUAUGCAAAGCUGGAACAUGUUCUUAGGAGCUAAGUUAGCUGCAUAUGGAUAUAUCAUUUAGCACAAGAAAGGGUCACCAGUCAUGUGUAAGGUCAGGCAUAACUUAGGAACAGCUUUGUGAAACAGUCCCCUAAUUGAUUAUAUUCCAUGUAUUACAAGAAGUUUUAUGUGUAAUCUCUCACCAGAGUAGUUCAUGUAUUUAUCCACAUAUAACUAAUCUAUAUUACGGCCAUUAUGUACAGUAUUGCCGUAGCUUAUACACUAAUACACUAAGAGGGACAAAAGAUGAUUAUAUGCUGUAAGAUCCAGUCUGGAUAACGUGUUUACUUCUUACUUUUUGCACAGAAAUGGUGCAUUUCACCCUUUGAGCUUGAAUAUGAUAGUUGUAUCUUAUAUGGUGUUCAUACCCUUGGUAGUCAAAGAAACCACCCUGGCUCUAGCUAUUUAUACAUGAUAGCAUUUCAUUGCAUACCUACCAGGUACACAUCCCCCACUUGGGUUGUGUAUGGCAAACAUAGAUUAAUGUCUUGCCUAGUCAUAAUGAUGUUUCAGUGGCAGGAUCCACAACUUUGCAAAUCAUGAUUGGGGGCUGUAUCUUAAAGCUGACUGUAAAGUUGAAAGCAGCCAUACAAAGUAAAUGGAAUCUGAGAAUCCAAGGUGGUUUAUCCUUUUCAGUCCAUUCACAUUAGCUAAAGUUGAAGGACACUGAUGUUAAUUCACAACUUUACUACUAACAUAGGUGGUCAGUAGGCCUACAGUGUGCAUGCAGUUUCAAUGAGAUUGUUAAAUGAAUUGCAAAACUUUGUUGAAUUAUAAACAAUUUGGCUCUUAUUUUGGCAUUUUACAUGUAUAUUCAAGUUGUCAUAAAGCCAUGUGUAACUAAAGAACAGCUUUGUGAAACACCCCCCCCCUCCUGAAACUUAUUAUUGAUGCAUUUUUCAGAAAGCUGGUCCUAAGUCUACUUGUGAAAUGUUUAGGGGUGCCAGCCAAAACUCUCAAUCAUUUUCAUUCACAUCAACUCGAGUUGAAAUCUAAUGUUUGCCAAUAAAGGAAUUCUUAUUAUUUACAGGCAUUCGCAUAUGAAGUUUAUUAGUAGUCAAAACUUGAUUGGAGUUGUAUAGGAAAUUAAGUCCUACUUUUACUUUGUUAACAGAAAGGAAAUUUGUUUAUCUCAUUUAGUAAAAGUACAUGGUCCAGUUAUUCAUAAAGUAACUUGAACGGCCAUGUGAAACAACCCUUUGAACUUAAAUACAAAAUCAAUAUAAAUUUGAAUGGAUAGUACUAGACGACUGCCACUUAUUUGUGUGUAAUUAUGGUUAAAAUUGUUGUAUUUUCGUCCAUAAUGAUCUCAGGUUGUGUUUAAAGUACAAUGUAGACAUUAGACAAGAGACAUUCCACCUAACUAGAAAACAAGUCUUAGCUGGUUCCAGCUGGUUCCAAUUGGUAUUGUAAUAAAAAUAAGCUAUCUUACUGAUUUAAUUCUGGACCUUAUAGAGAUGGACCAUGGGUAACACUUCCUUGUGAUACCAUAGAACUGUGUUGCCAUGCCAAUGAUAUAUAAAGGUUAAUCAAUAAUCCGUGGUAGAUAAUGUUGGCUUAUUUUUGAAGGUGCAAGGGGAACUUGAUGUACUUCUUUUGACUGGACAUGCUAAAGCGACAUUCAGAGUACUGCCCUGCUGACUCGACUUCAGAAAGAUCAGAAGUGUGUAACUGAUAUUUCAAAUGGACAUUCUGUAUAUAGCAGUACAGAAGGAGUUGAUGACCAUGUGAUGAAAAGGAGCAUCGUGAUAAUGCAAAAAUAACAAUUCUAGGUCGUCCAUGUAAUAAUCAACUCAAUAUUACAUUAACAUGCCUUGAUUCCAUGUAUACUCUGCCAAUAUUUAUGGGUAUUUCAUCAAUAGGUGUGAGGAAAUAAGUGACGGAAAGCAGAGUAAGAAUUUCAGGGGCCUGUUUCAUAAAGGACUUGCAACUGUUGCCAUUAUGGCAACCACCAUGGUAACGGGGCUCAGCGUCAAUCAGAAUCAAGGUUGCCAUGGUAGUUGCCAUAAUGGCAAAGUUUCAACAGUUGUAACUCUUUAUGAAAUGGGGCCCAGAUUUUUGUGAAGACUUGAUCUUGUUUUUUUUUCAUAUUUUGGUCAUUAAUUCAUUUCAUUUGAUCUACCAUCAAUUUGGGCUUAUUGCCAUUUAGUCUGCAUUUCGCUUGGUCCAAUACCCACUAGUCUAAUUUGCACAUGCCCAGUUGGUUGAAUUUCCACUUUGUUUCUUAUUAUUUUAUACUUUCUCAAAUGAAAAUUUGGUAAAUGAGCAGUUUGUCUAACCAUAUAGACUAACCAAGUGAUAUAUGGGUAAAGCUAAAACGGGGGGUGGGGGGGGGGGGGCGUUUCAUAAAGCUGUUUGUAAGUUAAGAGCAACUUUAAGAACGACCAGUGAUCCUUUCUUAUGCACUUAACCAUCGCCAAUGAAUAUACCAUUUACCACAAGAAAGGAUCACCAGUCAUUCUUAAAGUCGUUCUUAACUUACGAACAGCUUUAUGAAACACCCACUUGGGAUAAGACAAAAUGGUAAACAGAAUAUAGAGUGGCAAAUAUACUGAAAGGUUAUUUGGUGAAUUUGUUGUAGAUGAAGGAGGAUGAGAGUAAGACCAUCUGAGAUAAGAUCACAUGGGCAAUAAACAAAAUGGUUGUUCACCAAUUGGCAGUUUACCCAUCAUAUUACAUUACCUGUGUGGCCAUAGAUUUUACCACUUCUUGUAUUCUUUUAGAAAUUCAUUACAUCUUUGGCCAGAUUUUGUUUGGAGGGGGUGGGGUUCUAAUUACACCUUUGAUUUUCGUUUUUUAUACGGCUUUCAAUUGUAGUUGGAUUCCCUUUUAAUUCAUACACACUUUAUUGAAAGAAAAAAGUCAAUCGUAUAAUUUUUCUUUGAGUGGAUGCACAUUCAAGCUAAGCCUAAGGUUGUUGUUCUUAUUUAGCCUGUUCAUUUAGAAUGGUAUGUUAAAAGUGAAUUGAUAAGUUAUUUCCAGUGUUUAAAAAUAUUCCAGCAUUUAUUUUUAUACAGUAUGUGUAUGUAUGUUUGUAGCUGUGAAAAUAAUUGUAUUAGAUGUGCCUGACUUUUUUUUGUUACAAGAGCAUGCAAUAUUUGAUUUUUAGAAUUUAGAUUGAGCUUCCAAGGAUAAAAUUUAUUAAGGUUGAAAAACGCAAUGAGUGGUAUCGGAUUGCAUUGUACUGAAGAAAUAUGUGAAGACUAGAUCGAUAUUAUGUAAAUAUUACAAAAAUGUAGACAGAAUUACCUCAAACUACUCAAACAAUUGUGUGAUUUAGGUUUCUACUUAUUUGGCCAAGUUUGAUAUGUACCGGUAUGUCUUCAUGAGAAAUUAUCUUUUCAAAUGAUCAAUAAUGAUAAUAAUAGUAACAAUAUAAACAACUCUCAAUGUUGGAUGUGUGUGAUUAAAAGAUUAUUGCAACAUAGUACUUCUUGUUUGUUACACAAUUUCAAUUUCACUGCCAAAAUAAGUUAAUUUUUUAUAGGCCUUGUUGACUUUUUAAAAAUAAGCUGUAAUUACCCCCAAAAGUUGACCCUUCUUUUUCUUUUUUCCAAGACUUUGCGCAAGGCUCCACCCUAACUUUUUUUUAUGGCCCGAUCAGUCCACCAAAAUCAUUGGUUCUAAUUAUCAAUAAUAGUUUAUUAUGGCAGUCUUGUUUGUGAUUUCAUAAAACAGACCUCAGACUAAUUCUGCAAGAAUAUGUUUUGUGAUUGAACAAUAAUACAAUGUGUUUUGUUCAUCUUAAUCUAUCAUUUGUUAUCCAUGCAAUAUAAAUUCAGGUGACAAAUUAGUACUUUAUGUGCAACAAAUAUUUUCUGAAUAGUGUACUACAUACUGCAGAAUUUUAGUUUAGUUUAUGGUUGAUUUGCUGAAUUAUCUUUGCAAUAGAGGUUCAACUAUCCUGAUAUAUUUUAUAUUAUUAGUGAUUAAUUCAAUAACAUUUAUAAAAUUUGAGUUUAUAUGGUUUUAUAUGGUUUAUCUCAUUUUGUAUUUCUCAUUAGAGAUGUAAGUGUACAAAAACUAAAAGUAUUAUUUGUAUUAAUUUAGUAUGGAAAUGUAUUUUCACCCAUACUUGGAGUUCAGUUGAUCUGAAACCUAUGUAUUUCUGUAUGAAUAUUUCCUUGUAAAUUCAUAUUAUUUAUAGUAUACAAACCAGAAUUUGAAAAGAAUAUAAGGAAAUCCUGUGUUUUCAAGCUUCGAUACUUUUUAUCUAUGACUCCUCCAAAUGCGGCUUAGUAAUUUUAAUUUCAUGUUAAUCACACGUUUUUAUGAAUUAAUUGUGAAAUGUUUUAGAAAACUUUUUAGAGAAAUAUUUCAUGAAGUAAUUUUGGUUCCAUUUCCUAUAUAUUUUAAGAAAUCAUUUUUUUUGCCAUCUUUGAUUAUUUGAAAACCCAAUCAAGAGUAUGGUUUGUGUAUACCAUUAUGGUCUUUUAAUAUUUGACAGGUCAAAUGAUAUUUUUCAAAAUUUUAUAUUAUGUAGAAAUGACUACAUGAAUUUACAUUUUAUUGCAAUUGUGUAAUGUUUUUUUCUUUCUUUUAGAGUUGCUGCCUUCAUGAUGUCAUUACUUGGCAAAUGUUAUUUACUUAUAUUCUUGUCUAAGAAAUAGAGAAUAAUGGUUUGUGGAAAUUAGCAUGUAUUGCUUUAUAAAGACAUUUAUGGAAACCUAA